UUAGGUUCAGUUUUAGAAUGUAAUAAGGUUUAUGGAUACUUUUUUUUUUAGAUUAUGUUAUUUUGGAAUUCGUAAGGUUUGGAAUAUGCGGAAUUUUAUGAUCAUAGGUAUUUUUAAUGUUUUAAUCUACUUGAUCUAACGUUUAUAGGAAUUUAAAUAAGUUCUAUGUAUUGGGCCAGAUACCUUUCCUGUUUCUUUUAAUUAUCAUAAAACGACCACUUCUCGAAUAUCUUACGAGGAAGAUAAAUAAUACUCAAAAUCUCGCAUAAUUCCUUUCACAGAAAAAAAAAAAAUCUUCGAUACAGAGGAUAACAAAAAGUCUCGAAUACUUUAACGACAUCGCUCAAGAACAUUUAUAAACAAAUAAGAUAAAAAAAACUUUUUUUAAAACUCAAGAUCCGCUUCGAGUAUGUGUGAAAGGAGCAUCGAGUCGGAAAUAUGAUGACAAGAGCAUCGCAAGACAGGAUCCAAUCCCACACAAUGAGGAUCCACACCUUUAUGACGGCGCUGACCCUGCUUCUUGGGUCUUCGCGUGUGACAGCCCAAGACCCGCCAGCCCAAGCGCCAGCCCAAGCGCCAGCCCCAACGCCACAAAGCUUCCAGCCCUUCUUCGGUUCCCCUUCGCCCUUCCCAUUCCAGGGCUUUGCUGGAUUCCCUGGCGCCCCGAAUGCUUCCCCGAGGCCCCUGAACCCCUUUUUCGCAGGGACGUUUCAUGGCCAACCGACUGGCAACCCCUUCUUGCCUCCACUCGUUGGGCCCAGCCAGCAGUUCGCCUUUCCAGCGCCAUCAGGCUUCCCGGGGAGUGCCAUUCCGGGGAGUGCCAUUCCAGGGCCACAAUUCCAAGGCUUCCCGGGAUCUCCACAGGCAGGCAGACCUCCACCACAGGGUAUAACAAGUGGCUUCCCAGGUCAGUUUAGCCAUCCAGGCUCCUUCCAGAUUCAGCCAAAUCUUUCAGGUCAGUCCAGCUUCCCACCAGGAAGUUUCCCUGAUACCUCUCCGAUUACUCCACUUCGAGAGGUUCCAACCGGCUUCCCAGCGUCAGUGAAUGAUGCCCAGAUCUCUGGACGCGGAUUAGAAUUUGGAAAUGAAGAUUUGGUGGGUCUCUCCAAUGACAGUCCUACAACACAGGCGCCGAUCUCCCCAGUGACGCCUUUAUCCUCCCCUCCGACCACGCCUGCAACAAGUCCUCCAACCAGCACUGCAAGCCCAACCACAACCUCGACAACUUCGAAGCCUAGUACAACUCCACCCCCCACAACCACAACAACGUCAACAACCCCGCCACCCACAACUACAACUCCUCCGCCUACAACCACAACAAAUCUUCCACCAACGACUACAUCCACUACCACCUCCGCUUCCACAGCCCAACCAACCGUUUCAACCACUUCCACCACAACAGUUUCACCCCCCACUGCGGAGCACAAGAGUAGGACUCAGACUGGCAAUUCUCUAGCAUCUCGUCUACAGAACUUUGCACAACAAGCUUCAAACAACAGAGAAGAAGGAAAAGAGAAGGUUUUGUUUUCACGACCAAGUAGGACUCAAGAUCAAGAAUCUAGAAGAGAAUCUGCAUCAGGUGGUCAAUCCUCACAAGAUACCCUGUCAGAAGCACAAAUGAUUAUGAUUAUGAUCAAGCUACAUCUGACAAAGAGUCACAACCUGCAGCUUCUCCAGCAGCCUCCACUACAACAACCCCUCAGCCAGUCUCUGUUAGCACUGAGAAAGCUAAGAAAAAGGAGAGAAAACCGCUUACCCGCACUCAGCAAUUUUUGGAACGACUGCAAAAGCUUCGGCAAAGACGCCUCACAUCAACAACAGGCAGACCGCGUCGUACAGAGCAAGAGCAGGACGAUAACAAUGUCCGGGAUAAUCAGGUGCCCCCUCGCAGAAGGACACCCCAAAGACAAUCAGGAAGUAGCUUUGCCAGCCGUCUCAGAGACAGGGUUUUUGCAUCGCGGCCACCGACUGGUGGUCGAAGAAACAGAAUCAGUAAUGAUAAAAACUCCUCCUCAGAUUUUCGAGCCACCAGACGACCGGUUAUUAUUAGCAGUUUUACAACUAAAAAACCUCUUACUAUUAGGGAAAGACUUGAGCUUCACAGGCAAAAUAAUAGGUUUGUGCCAAAGCAUCUGAGAACAACAACCAAA